AUGGGUUUUGAUUCAACUCAUGUGGCUGCUCUUAUUGACAAAUUGGCUCUUGAAUUUAAAAUCCGUGAUAUGGGUAUGCCUUUUUUUUUUUUGGGUAUUGAGACUGUUCCGGUGUCUGGAGGCAUGCUUCUGUCUCAGCAACGGUAUAUGAAGGAUAUUCUCAAGCGAGCAGGUAUGGUGGAUUGCAAGCCCGGUGCCACGCCAGUUUCCACCACAAAAGCCGUGACAGGUGAUGAGGUUCCAUAUGCUGACCCCACUCAGUACCGCAGCCUUGCAGGUGCUCUGCAAUAUCUUACGGUAACCUGUCCUGAUCUCUCUUAUUCUGUUAAUCGUUUGUGUCGGCACAUGCACUCUCCUACUACGGCGGACUGGGCGGCUCUGAAGAGAGUUUUACGGUAUGUGAAUGGGAUACUCAAUCUUGGUCUCAAUAUUUCCUCUUCUACCUCUCUGGAUAUUCAUGCAUAUUCUGAUUCGGAUUGGGCCGGCAAUCCGGAUGACCGAAAGUCAACUAGUGGUUUCGCUGUGUUUCUGGCGAGCAAUCUUGUUUCAUGUGUAUGUCGAAAACAGCGCACUGUGGCUCGUUCCUCAACUGAAGCUGAGUACAAAGGGCUGGCUGAUGUUUCUGCAGAAGUUACUUGGCUUGUUUCUCUGAUGAAGGAAAUUGAUUUUGCACCAUCUUCUGCGCCUAAGCUCUAG